AUAAGACAUGGCGCAAAAUAGACCACAUAAUAUGAAGAGAGCAUAUAUGCUCUAUCUGGGUCUCAUAAUAUUUCACUCCAAAUCAAUCCAAUCAGCUCCUCUGUCCUCCUACUUGGUAUCUUCAUUUACACCUCCUGAUUCUGACUCCAAUCUACCAUUCAACCACAUCGCCUUGAACAACAUCACUGGCGACAUCUAUAUAGGAGCACGAGAGAGGCUUUACCAACUCGACGCACACCUGAACCUCAAACAGACUGUGGACACUGGCAUGUGUUCUUUUCCGAAUUACGACCGUUUUAAUGAUAACAAACUCUUAAUAACUGUUAUAACACCUCAGAACUAUACGCUGAUUACUUGUGGAGGCUGUGGUGAUAAUUGCCAGACAAGGAAUUUGGAUGAUGUAUCGGUCACGAGAGAUUUAUAUAAUUCUCGGAAAGUAGUGGCACCAGGAGACCUACCAACUGUGGGAGUCGUUGCUCUUGGUGCGGACUAUGAAACAUAUAUAAUUCCUAAACAUGGUGAAUCGUUUUACUUAUUCAUUGCGAUAAGUGGCGGGGGAGCAGUUUCUGAAUUUAGUAGCAUUUCAAAGUACAGUCUUACAGACCUUCAAUUACAACAAUACAUACCAGCGUAUGUCUUUACUGACGAUUCAACACGGUCCAAACAUAUGAUCUCUUACGAGGACUUUAUAUACGUUUUUAUAUCAAGAAACGAGGAAACUUAUUUAGGACGUAUUUGUUCUGAUUCACCCGACCAAGACUUUGCAUCGUACACGGAGAUAAAGCUGCAGUGCGGACUGGAUGGGUCUCAAAAUGUUAUUCAAUCAGCUUACAUUGGACCAGCAGGAUCCCAGUUAGCUGAAUCGAUGAAUAUCAACACCACGGAUGACUUAUUGUACGCGGUAUUUUCAUCUUCACCUUCGUCUUCUCUUUGUGUGUAUAAGAUGAUCGAUGUCCAGCAGAGGUUCGAAGAUGCCAUCUUAGGGUGUAUUUUAGGAACGGACACCGGCACCGAGAAUAUGUUCAUAGAGGGAAGUGAAUGUAGAAAACUUCAAGGUGGGAUCGCCAAACUCGUAACAGAGGUCCAUCUCUUGAAGGUGUACGUCAGGUUCGAAUGA